AUGCCUUUGACUGGCACAGAGAAGUUGAGCAGGGGAGGUGGCACUGGCCAAUUCAGAGGAAGGGGAAACGGCAUUGCCAGGAACGGUGGGAUUACAGAACGAGAUGGCAUUGCCAGGAACGUUGGGAUUACAGAAGGAGAUGGCAUUGCCAGGAACGGUGGGAUUACAGAAGGAGAUGGCAUUGCCAGGAACGGUGGGAUUACAGAAGGAGAUGGCAUUGCCAGGAACGGUGGGAUUACAGAAGGAGAUGGCAUUGCCAGGAACGGUGGGAUUACAGAAGGAGAUGGCAUUGCCAGGAACGGUGGGAUUACAGAAGGAGAUGGCAUUGCCAGGAACAGUGGGAUUACAGAAGGAGAUGGCAUUGCCAGGAACGAUGGGAUUACAGAACGAGAUGGCAUUGCCAGGAACGGUGGGAUUACAGAACGAGAUGGCAUUGCCAGGAACGGUGGGAUUACAGAAGGAGACGGCAUUGCCAGGAAUGGUGGGAUUACAGAACGAGACGGCAUUGCUCGUAAUGGUAGGAUUACAGAAGGAGAUGACAUUGCCAGGAACGAAGGGAUUACAGAAGGAGAUGACAUUGCCAGGAAUGAUAGGAUUACAGGAGGAGAUGGCAUUGCCAUGAUUGUUAGGAUUUAA